GCCGUGACCCCGCGUGUCCCGCCCUCCGCCGGCACAGGCGCGGCCAUGGCAGCAGAGCGGGACUGGGACCGGGAUCUGCUUUUCUACCGGCGGCUGCCCAAAGCGGAACUGCAUGCUCAUUUGAAUGGCUGUAUCAGUUCUGCCACCAUGAAGAAACUCAUGGCCCAGAAACCAAACCUUCAGAUCCAGAAUGGAAUGACUGUGAUUGACAAAGGAAAGAAAAGAACCUUGGAGGAAUGUUUUCAGAUGUUUCAGAUCAUCUAUCAGUUUACCACUAGGACUGAGGAUAUUUUACUGAUAACUAAAGAUGUCAUUAAAGAAUUUGCUGAUGACGGUGUCAAGUAUCUGGAAUUGAGGAGCACUCCAAGAGAAGAAAAGUCCACAGGUAUGACCAAAAGGAUGUAUGUUGAAACUGUACUUGAGGGUAUAAAGCAGUGUCAAGAGGAAGGCUUGGAUAUAGAUGUAAGAUUGUUAAUAGCAAUAAACAGAAGAGAUGGCCCAGCAGUUGCUAAGCAGACUGUUAAGCUUGCUGAAGAGUUCCUGCUUUCCAGUGAUGGGGUUGUAGUAGGGCUUGACUUCAGUGGUGAUCCCACUGCAGGACAUGGUCAAGAUUUUUUGGAGCCACUUUCAGAAGCAAAAAAAGCAGGUCUAAAGCUGGCAUUGCAUCUUUCUGAGAUUCCAAAUCAAGAAGAGGAGACCAAAAUUCUCCUGGGCCUGCCUCCUGACAGAAUUGGACAUGGAACAUUUCUCAGCUCCACAGCAGCAGGUUCAGAAGAGUUAGUGUCAAUUGUUCGACAGAACCAGAUACCUAUUGAACUUUGUGUGACAUCAAACAUUAAAUCUCAGACGGUGCCUUCCUGUGGCAAACAUCAUUUUGGAUACUGGUACAGCAUGGGCCAUCCUGCAGUACUCUGUACUGAUGAUAAAGGCAUCUUUGCAACCGAACUAUCACAAGAGUAUGAGGUGGUUGCAAAAACAUUUAAUUUGACUCGAUCACAGAUGUGGGAUCUUUCCUAUGAAUCAAUCAACUAUAUUUUUGCUUCAAAUGCAGUGAAAUCCAAGCUCAGGGAACAAUGGUGUAAACUGAAGCCAGCUCUGUUUGAUUAAUCAAAUUGUUGUUCUAAACAGCUCAGGUGUAUUAGGUGAGUUAAUAACCAUUUUUUACUGAAGACCCUAUGUUUUUUUCAGACUUCAGGGUUAUAAACCCAGCCAGAAACUGCUUGUGCAAAAUGAAGAUGAUGGGAACGCAUCCUUUGUUAGUGGGGACAGAAGUAAAUAUUCUUUUAUAGUUGGGAGGGGCUCUCAACCAGUGACCAAAACUCCAAAUGUGUUGUCACAUUGUUUCUCUUUAGCUGAUAUGCCAUUUAAAAAAAAUACUUAGUUGAAAUAUGUCAUUAUAAUAUAAAUAUUUGAGAGCUGGAACAAAAUGAAGGCAUGGCUGUCAGUGUUUCAAGUGUCUCUGUUGGCAGCGUUUCUCCAAGCAGUUUUGGAUGUGUAGUGCAUAUAUCUGGGGGUUGUACUGUUUUCGGGUUUUGAGCAGUUAAUUGAAUGUGAAGACACAAACAAAGUCAGGGAGAGUGAAAUGUUUGUCCCAAAGAAAUUUAAUAUUUUCUCUGUUUUUAUUGCUGUACAUGUAUGACUGAAGCUGCUGUGGAUUGUGUAGCACAUGGGGGUCUCUGCUGGUGCUCUCAGCAAUGGUGGCGUUCAGGCAGUUGAGAAUCUUGAACGCCUUUGGUAACUGAGCUACUUGUGCGAAGUGAUCUCGUUCUUAAAAUGCUUUUUAGAGUUGCUGUUUGUUGUGUUAAAAAAAAGCAAUAAAAAUAUCCUCAACCUCUAUGGUUUUGAAACCACCCAUUUGAGAUGGGGAUGUGCAUGUUUAAGCUAUACAGAAGAGAAGUAAGAUUCCCUGGGGGUGAGUGGAGCAGAUGAGCUGCCUGCCAGCCACAAAACUGCAACCAGGGCUCCCUGCCUCGGGCAGCAACAGGGUUCACUGUGCCCUCCCUGUGCACUUGUGUGUGUGUUUUGGUACUGAGAGUUCAGAAUGUCUCUGAACAUGCACAUGCAUCAGUAUCCAACACUGAGCAUUGCUGGCUAGUGCAGGAAGUAUCUGGAGAGAAGGUGUUUCCUACCUACAGUCCUUUUACAUUGAUUAAUUAAACAAGCAAACGUUCUUUUUGCUCCAUGAGGAAUACUGAAUGUGUGUCUAAUGCUAUAAAAGCUGUUCGUAAUACAGUCAGUAUAAUGUAGCUCUGGCUCCUAAGUGGAAAUAAGGGUGGGGAGGAGGAUAGCAAAGAAGUUGGUAUGCCUGUGUGUCUACUGGAGGUUUCCACAGAAUGUUUUCCAAGAUGAAAACAUAUUCCUUUUGGAGAUGCAGGGAAAUUAUGUGGAGCAACCUUGUCGGUUUAUAUAUUAUCUGAACCAGAAUAAGACCAUGUGUUGACUUCUUCUAUAUAAGCACUACUUUAAAUUACUUUCCAAGUAGUUUCACUGGUGACAUUAUCAUUUACUGUUUGAUCAUGCUUGUCUGUAUUUUCUUUUAACAAAAAUAAUUACCAUGGCAAGUGUAUUUUUUCUUUCUUAUUAAAAGCUCUCUGAAGACAGGUGGAGCAGCUUUCCGGAAUUUUAUAGUUAGUCAUCUCAAAUAAGAUGGCGUUCUCUUAUAAGUUUUAUUGUAUUUCAUAGCUCAUGGCCUUCUAAUAACUCUUCAGUAACACAGUAUUUGAUUUAUUAUUGAAGAAAAACUGUAGACUUCCUAUUUGCUUACUAAGGAAUCAUCCUCAGUGUUCAUUGUAUCAUGUGUAAAAUUUUCUAAAGCAAAAUAGGACUCAUCAUUAGUGUCCGAGACUUUUAGUUCCAAACUGUUAGUGUUAUAUGGAAGUAAGUUGGAUUUUUAAGGUUUUUGUGUGGAAUGUGACAUGUAGAAGUGUUAAUUCCCAGAGCAUAGCCAUUUAAUUCCCAUAGCAUAUGCUGAUAUUUUCAACUUCCUUGUUUUCGUGCAAGUAUACAAUGUCUUACAGAUUUUUUAACAAUAUGGAUUAUUACAUACAAUUCCUAAUAUUUCUAUUUAAUUUACUUCUGUGUGUCUUCAUGGUACUACCUCGCAUCAGCUGUAGUGCUGCCCCCAAAUAGUUUGGUAUACGAUGGUACAUGGAUGCUACAUAGUUUUAUAAUUAAAAAAAACAACCAGCUUCCCUGUUUAUUCCUGACACAAGCAUUUGGAAAUAGUGAACCAGUGCAGUUGUAUGUAAUCUGGAGUUCUGGAAUCCCUCUUCUGAAGAUUUACCCUGUAACUAAGAUAUUUGCAGGUGAUUUUAAAAACCACCACUUAGUAUUUAACAGUAUUUAUAGUAUCUUAGUAAAGGGAGUUAGGAGGUAACUUGGACAAUUCCAUUUGUGUGCAGUAAAAGAACCAGGAAUGUAUGUAGGUGGCUGAGGAACAACAGACAGAAUCAGUACACACGACUCUUAACUGUUACUGAGGUUGUUUACACUGCAGAAGUGUUGUGCUUAGGAAAUUGGACAGGAUGUGGACUUUUGGAAUGAAGAAUCACCAUCCGAUGAGACCUUUGUCAUGCACAGUUCCCAGGCUGUUAGAACCUGAAACCCUCUUACUGUCUCUGGGCUAGUUUUUCAGAGUUUAACUAUUAUAAGUAAAACUGCAGUUUCCUUCUUUGGCAUCAGGUAGGAUUAUAGUUAAUUUUAAUUUAAACACUUCUUGCUGAGCCUGUUAAAUCCCGAGUUAGCAGUGACCACUGUUUAGUUUAUAAUGUUAUAUAAAAAUGAGUGUGACACACAGUCACAGUGAAGCAUCACCACAGAAUUAACCAUCACUAGUGGGGCAGAGGACUUUUUUUCCUUGAAUGCAAUGGAAAUUUUGUGUAACUACUACUAGAAUUACAUGGUAUAAGAUGAGGUUUAAGUUAUCUAUUCAGGUGCAACUCAACUUAUUUUUAAAGUAAACAAAAUAGAUCUAGACAGAGUU